CACGUUUCCGUUCCCCCAUGUGGACGGACGGUUCCGGGGCCCGCAGACAAUCUCUCUCGGGAGAUCUCAUGCUGUUCUUCUCAGGUUAUGGAUAACAGGAAGCCAGAGUCACAAAUGUGGCCCAGGAUUUAGCACAAUGCUGCAGAAUGAAUGGAGCUUGGACUACACUCUACCAGUCCCCCACCUUCCACGUUCUUGGGCAAAAGCUGUUGUUGCUACACUGGCCCUUCUGUGCUUUGGCAUCAGUUACAACGGAGACUUUGUCUUCGAUGAUUCAGAAGCUAUAAUCAACAAUAAGGACCUUAGACCAGAAACCUCACUUGGCCAUCUCUGGGAACAUGACUUCUGGGGAACUAAUCUCAUUAGCAAUACCAGUCACAAAUCCUACCGACCACUUACGGUGCUUACAUUCAGGUUGAACUACCUUGUGGCUGGAGGAUUACACCCGAUUGGAUUCCAUGUAGUCAACAUCGCAUUGCACAGUAUGAUUUCUGUCAUGACACUGGAUGUGUUCUCUGUACUUCUGGGUGGUCUCGUACAUGAUGGGCAAGGACAGCUGCUCAAUAAGGCACCAAAAGCAUCCUUUCUCGCUGCCAUGCUCUUUGCUAUCCAUCCAGUACACACUGAAAGUGUUGCUGGGAUUGUUGGCAGAGCAGACCUGCUCUGUGCUCUGUUCUUUCUAUUGUCCUUCAUCAGCUACUGUAAAGCCUUCAGAAAAUAUGAUGUGGCUGCAGAGUUUUCCCUUCAUUGGAUCUUUGCCAGCUUGUUGUUAUGUGCAGUUGCAAUGCUUUGCAAGGAGCAGGGUAUCACAGUGCUGGGUGUGAACAUAGUGUUUGAUGCACUUGUAGUCUGCAAAAUGGAUAUCUUGCAGCUAGGUGUGACUCUGUUAGGAAAAGACAAAACACCUGAGAGAAGUCUAAGCUGGAAAAGAGGAUUUUGUACCCGGGUUCUCCUGGUGUCUUCUGGCGGAGCGGCACUGCUGUACGGUCGCUGGAGGAUCAUGGGUACGGGCCCUCCACUGUUCACUGAGGUUGAUAACCCGGCGUCAUUUGCAGACAGCUCCAUUGUGCGAACUAUUAAUUAUAAUUACUAUUACUCUCUGAACGCAUGGCUACUUGUGUGUCCCUGGUGGCUGUGCUUUGAUUGGUCGAUGGGCUGUUUACCUCUGAUUAAUUCAGUCGGCGAUUUUAGAAUUCUCGCCCUUUUCACACUUUGGUUCUUCCUUAUUGGAAUCACAUGGCAAGGUUUAUUCUCCAAAAACCCAGAUGAAAGAAGAAUCCUUGCUUCUGGAAUUUCCCUCGUGAUCAUCCCCUUCCUCCCUGCGUCUAAUGUUUUCUUCAGAGUAGGGUUUGUGAUUGCAGAGAGAGUGAUCUACCUCUCCAGUGCUGGUUACUGCAUCCUCCUGUCUUACGCCAUGUGUGUUCUGUCUAGGAAAGGCCGGCUAAUCAAGACCAUCCUUUCUGUGGCUCUGGUGGGCAUGGUGAUCCUGAACAUUACGCAAUGUAUCCGACGCAGUGAUCACUGGAGGUCGGAGCAGUCUCUCUUCACAAGUGCCUUGUCUGUGUGUCCCUUCAAUGCCAAAGUGCACUAUAAUGUUGGCAAAAACUUAGCUGACCGAGGAAGGGAGGAGUCUGCAAUCCAGUUCUAUAGAGAAGCUGUGAGGCUCCACCCAAAGUACGUUCAUGCUAUGAACAAUCUCGGAAACAUCUUGAAAGAAAGGAAGGAACUUCAUGAAGCCGAGCAGUUACUGUCCAGAGCUGUGGCCAUUCAGCCUGAUUUUGCAGCAGCUUGGAUGAAUCUGGGGAUUGUACAAAAUAGCUUGAGAAAAUUUGAAGAGGCUGAGAAAAGUUACCGGACAGCAAUAAGAUACAGGAGAAGAUAUCCAGACUGUUACUACAAUCUAGGGCGGCUGUAUGCAGAUCUUCAUCGGAAUGUAGAUGCCCUCAAUGCAUGGCAGAAUGCUACCCUUCUCAAGCCUACCCAUGGUUUGGCUUGGAAUAACAUGAUCAUACUACUUGAUAACACAGGCAACUUAGCAAAAGCUGAAGCAGUCGGAAAGGAGGCUCUAAAAAUGCUGCCCAAUGAUCAUACCAUAAUGUUUUCCUUUGCGAAUGUGCUUGGUAAAUUAAAGAAAUAUAAGGAAUCAGAGAAUCUGUUUCUAAAAGCGCUUCAGAUUAAUCCUAAUAUAGCAAGCUAUCAUGGAAAUUUAGCUGUACUGUACCAUCGAUGGGGAAGGCUGGAUCUGGCCCAGGAACGGUACGAGUUUGCACUGAAACUUGACUCGGCCUCGCCUGGGAUUGCAGAGAACUACAGCUUGCUGAAGAAGAAACUUGGACAACUGAAGCAGGGCCAAUCAUGAGGGGAGAGAGUUAAGGGAUAACCAAUUCUCCAAGAACUCACCACUGGCUGUCCAAGAUAGUGGUGAAGAUAGUGUUCAAGAUCCUACCUGAUAAACAGCAGGCUGCCACAGGAAAGCACCAAACUUCCACAAAGAGUCAAGCACAAAGCCAGUUGUCCUUCAGGUUCGUGUAAACACUGGCCCCUAUCCAGCCGGUCAACAUUGAGUGCUCUUUUCUCUGCCUGUAUUUAUCGGACACUGUCUUAAAACGUUGUGAGUGACAUGGCUACUGUCACCAUUUGCAACAAUGCAUCAUCUGUGGAAAGCCUAGUUUGUCUGCCGUCGUGGACAGAGUUUGAACCUUUUGGAACUUGGAUUAGCAUUGCUGAAAAAACCCCAUCUGAUCCAGGUUAUCAAAUGUCAAGGGUUUGAACCCAGACGCAGGAGGUGAAGUGCAUUAGAACAUGAUGAAAUAUUCAACCUGUCAAACUUGUCCCACUGUUAAAUAUCUGUAUUUUACCUCCAUCCCUUCAGAUGCUUCCAAAAUGCUCACUCUCCUCGUCCAGCAAUAUCUAUUGUACUCUAUUUUAAAAUGUAUAUUUUCACCCAUGACCUUUUUGGCAUUUGAGAGUCCAUAAUCAUUUCUAUAUGUCAGACUGCUUCCUGACAUCAUGAGUCUCUCUCUCUCUCUCUGUCUUCUGUCUCUCUCUCUCUCUCUGUCGCUUUCUUUUUUUUCCAUUUCCAAGGACUUUAUUCAGCAAAAUGCAUAAUACAGCACAUCAAAAACACAUUCAGAGGUUACAAUACAUCAAGCAUUCAUUAUAGUACAAUGGUACAGUCACUAUUUACAAUGCUCUCGACCCACCUUUUU